AUGUCCAACAUGGACAGCAUCGGCCAGGUAAAACCUGAUACCGAACAAGCAGAGAUAGUGAAACUAGGGCCGUUGCAUCAACUCCCUCUUCCAGAGGAGCUGGAAUCCUUGGAGAGUCAUGAGCGAGAGAAUCUUGAGAAAGAGUUGGUACGCAGGUUGGAUAACUGUUUACUUCCAGCUGUAGUUAUUCUUUUCUUGAUGAAUAUCCUUGACCGAAACAAUAUUGCAAAUGCAAAGAUUGCCGGCCUACCUAAGACCUUGGGAAUAACAAAUACCCAGUAUAACACGUGUUUGAUGAUCUUUUAUGUUGGCUAUAUCGUCACUCAGCUUCCGUCCAAUCUGGUCAUCACCAAAGUCAAACCUUCAAUCUAUAUUGGUGUCGUCACGGCGGCAUGGGGUGUUGUCUCCAUGUGUCAGGCCUUCACACACAAUUUUGCCGGGCUUUUCAUCUGUCGUUUCAUACUUGGUCUGGUAGAAGGGCCAUUUUUGCCCGGAGUAUUCUUCCUGAUGUCUUGUUGGUACAAGAGAUCCGAAUUACCGCCCCGCAUCGCACUGCUGUAUGGUGCGAACAUGCUGGCUAGUGCAUUCGGCGGGUUGAUUGCGGCAGGCAUUGUCGCGCGAAUGGAGGGGAAGAUGGGCAGACCAGCUUGGGAAUGGCUUUUUAUCAUCGAGGGAUCAAUGACCGUUGUGAUUGCACUUCUUGUGAUCCCUUUUAUUCCAGACUACCCCCUCUCUACCAAACGCUGGUGGAUAACACAUGAGCAUCAAGUACUUGCGGAUUGGCGCUUGCGCAAUGAGAAUGCAGGACUUAUUGACAAUGACCCUGAUUCGAUUCUUUGGGGUGUCAGACAAGCAGUCAUGGACCCCAAGCUAUACAUGUUCAUUUUAUUGCAAAUGGCUCUGAUCACAGCCCAAUCCUUCAAUAACUUCUUUCCCUCUAUCGUUGGCACCCUGGGGUAUAACGAGACGAUUACGCUGCUGCUUACGGCACCACCUUACGCCUUCGCCUUUAUAUGCUCUCUGGCCCUCUCAUUCCAUGCCGCCAAAAAGCAAGAAAGAGGUUUCCAUAUUGCCGUUCCACUCCUGUUUGCACUGAUAGGAAAUAUACUGGCGAUGUUCGUACCAAGUACAGGUGGAAGAUACGUCAGCAUGUUUCUGAUGACAUCUGGAUCGUAUUCACCAUACAACCUUUGCGUAUCGUGGUUGAGCUCAUCGCUGCCUCGCCCGAAAGCUAAGCGUGCUAGUGCAUUAGCCAUUGUCAACCUCAUGGGAGCUGGCGUUGCUCACUUCUACACUUCGUACAUGUUUCCGGAUUCUCAGAAGCCUAGAUAUUAUGCCGGUGGUGGAGUGAUGAGCGGCGCUUGUUUGGUAUGCGCUGUGACAGCGCUGGGUAUCAAAUGGCACCUGAAGCGGCAGAAUACGGAGAUUGAAAGAGCUGAAUUGGAGGAAGGCGCAUUGAUAGGGUCUGCAAUUGCAGGAUCGAAGACAGGACAGAGAUCUGACGCUGUUGUGUCAUUCCGCUAUGUUCACUAG